CGAAUGAGGGAGCAUGUAACAUCAACUUGUUCAUUUGACGUCACAGCCCAGUCUCUUAGACCAUCACUUCACUUGGCCGAAAGUUGAAAAAAUGGUCGAUUUUCCAUGUAAUGUCGCGCGAAAAAAAUGGAAAAAAGCGUCAGAAUUAAAAAGUUCUUUCAACAUGGAUGUUAGAAUGACUUUUAUUUUGAUAGAGCCGAAGCUUUUUUAAAGGGGAAGGACAGGUAAUUAUGUAUUUUGAUUCUUAGACUGUAAACUUGCUUUUCAUUGUCAGAACGUGGACUCUCUGUGGAACACCAGAAUACCUUGCACCUGAAAUUAUCCAAAGUAAAGGUCACAAUAAAGCUGUAGACUGGUGGGCAUUAGGAAUUCUUAUUUAUGAAAUGCUUGUAGGUUAUCCUCCUUUUUUUGAUGAUAAUCCAUUUGGUAUUUAUGAAAAGAUCCUUUCUGGUAAAGUUGAGUGGCCCAAACACAUGGAAAACACUGCAGCCAGAGAUUUAAUAAAGAGACUUUUAGUUCAUGAUAGAACAAGAAGAUUAGGUAGUAUGAAGAAUGGAGCAGAAGAUGUUAAAGGACAUAAAUGGUUUAAAGUGAUUGAUUGGAAUCUAGUUUAUCAGAGAAAAUUGAAGCCUCCUAUUGUACCGAAGAUUGCACAUUCCGGUGACACCAGGAAUUUUGAUGAAUACCCCGAGGAGGACUGGAAAUCUGCCCCACCCCUUCACAGCAAACAGUUAGAGCCAUUUAAAGACUUUUAGGUCAUUUCCCUCAUAAAUUGCUGGUAUAUCAACAGAGCUACAGGUCAGUCCCUUCUGACGUCAUAGGAAGGACGAAAGGGAUCUUGGAUGGAGAAGAAAUUAAAUGGAGAAGAAUAGAGAAUGAAGGAAAAACUGUUCAAACGAAUACGAAAACACCUUUGUUCACUACAAAUGAUAAAAAACAGAGAGAAUGUUCCUCCUUUCCUCUUGGAGUGCAAUAAGCGUAGGUAAUUCUUUUACCGGGAUGCCCACGCAGGCUCGGCUUUUCGUUUCUUUAUUUAUUAACUUCAUUACAAGCCUUGCUAAACAGGUUGAACAGAUUGAUUAUUGUCGUUCUACUCUAGCCGUGUACACUCCAGUUUUUCAGCCAUUUAGAUAACGAAUCGAAAACAAUAGAAAGUCUAUAAGAGCUAUUCAAGGAGAUGAAAUGAUGAAAGAGAAAGAAAAAAAUAGAAGUGUAUUUACACAAAUAUAAAAUAAAAUAAACUCGAGUGUUCACGGCUAGAGUAGAGUACAGUUAUUGGAAUAGAAUACAGUUAUUUGAAAUAGAAUAAACGGAAUGGAGGUUUGUGUAAGUUUAGACAAUCAGUUAUAGAUGGAAUAUAUACUGGAUGGAAUAGACAAAUUCCCUUAAACUUAUGACCAUAUUUUUAUAUCGGACGAGAGACGUCACUACUUUUGUUAAAAGAUGCAUGAAUUUCUUUCUUAUCAGUUUUUAAUCGAAUAAUUCAAUUUAGAAAUUGUGAAUAUUUUGUCCCAAAAAAAAAAAAAAGAAGUAACAAACACGGUUUUUAAUCAAUUUUAUAUCUUCUUAUAUCUUAUUACAGUCAAAUCACCUCAAGCGUGAACACGUAGUGGUCAUAAAUGACUUUUUGGAUUCUUGGUUUCAUUAUUCGAUUCAAACAUUCAUGAUUGAAAACGAAUAUUCAAUAUUCAAAAAAUAAUAAAUUGAAAACACGAUUACAGCCAUUCUCAACCACACGCGCCCUCUAGCGAUUGUUUCUGUCGCGACGAAGAAGGUUUUAAUGGACGUCAAUCACUAGACGUUUCCAUGAUAACAAACGCCUUGAUUGACGUCCACCAAGAGCUUCUUCGUCGCGACAAAACAAUCGCUAGAGCGGGGUGCGUGAUUGAGAAUGGCUGUAACUUUGCUCGAAGUUGCUCUUGCAUUUUAGCUGCAUAUAUGAAUUGGCUUUCGUAUAUGCUACUCCUUGAAGAUUCGUUUACAAUAAUGAAUGUUCGAAUCGAACAAUGAAAUCAAGAAUCCAAAAAUAAAGUCAUUAAUGACUUCUACGUGUUAUAACGCUUGUGGUGGUUUGAUUGUAAUGGUGUAGUUAUUCAAGGCAAUUGUUGAAAAUUUUUCUAGCACCAAUGUCUUCACGUAAAAAGUGCAAUAAAGAUGAUAGCGAAAUUUUUCCACGUCGUGCACGUUUUUGUAACAAAAGCAUUAUGGUGUAAAAUAGCGUGAACGAUGCUUUGAUGUUUUAAGCUCAGGCCUUUGGUGUCUGGGAGGGCGUUAGUAAUCCGAGUCAGAUGAAAAAACGACUAAUAACUAAAUUUCCGUGCAAAGAAGCUCUCAAUGGAGUGAAAUUAUGGUCAGCGGUUAUACUCAAUGAAACAAGAUGGCGGAUGCAAUGGAACAGGGUUUUGCAUUUUUUUUAAUUUUUUUUUUUUUGACCUCGUAAUAACACAAACUCAAAGUACUUCGAUUGAUUUAAAUCGCCUCAGUUUAACAGUUACAAGAUAGUUCUUGAUUCCAAUUUGUACUUUUCUUAGUUCUUUGUUAUUUUGAGCAAAUCCUGUAAUAAAUCGAUGACGGCUUU